GCCGAUGGUGGGGAUAAAAGGGCGGUCGCGCAGGCGCGACUCGCGACAGAACUGCUUCGCGCGGCGACGCUCAGUCUCGUCCGUUGCAAUCCAGUGCAGAUAUACGUGCAAUUACCCUGUCAACAGUGCUUAAAAUCUUUGGUUCGUGCUUGUGCUGCGUUUCAUCAGCACACACGGUGAUCGAUAACGCACACCGACGGAAUCUGUCGUCGAUCGCCGACGUGUCGUGAUCGACGUGCGUGAGGACGAAGAAAAAAAAAUAAAAAAAUAAAAGUAAAAGAGUCACACUACGGGAGAAAGUUUCGGAAGCACGCGGCGCGCGCGAAGGGAUAAAUCUGACGUGAUUUGAAUUUCCAGUAUCAAUCAUCGCGAAAGAGUGAAGGGACCGUUCGGAGUGAAGUUUGACGCGAGUCUUUCGGACGGUGAAUCCUCGAUACCUCGACGCGCAUCAACGGCGUCAGUCCGGCUGGAACGCGCGAGACGGGUGGUAGCGUCGAAGACGUCAUUCAGGUGCGAGCGAGUGGUACGAAUCAACGAGAGAAAAAGGAGAAAAGAGCGUGCCGUGUGCGACAGCGAGCAAAUGUAGUGCCGGGUAAUUUCACCUAGUUGCGUUCACGCGACCUAACUGCCGGCGUGAGUGGUGGAUCGUCAGUGUGUCUGUGAACCGCGAGUCCGCGAGUGGUUUGGUCACCGAGGGACCGCUGAAGCUUCCGUACACGCCGUCGAGAUGAAGACUUGCCACCUGUGGCUAGAAGCGGCCGUCGCUCUCCUGGCGAUAGCAGGUGCGAACUGUCUGCGGGGGGUCAGCCUAGAGGUGGAUCCGGAUGUGGUGCAACGUGGCGAGAAGGUGAUUCUGCGGUGCAAUUAUGAUUUGGAGAAUGCGCCACUCUACUCCCUCAAGUGGUAUCGAGGCAGACACGAAUUCUACCGAUUCUCACCCACCGAGGAAUCAUCUACCAAGACCUUCAACAUUUCCGGGAUUAAUGUCGACCCCGACAAGUCGAACAACAGCCAGGUAACGCUUCGCAAUGUCGACUUCGGCCUCUCGGGUACAUUCAUCUGCGAAGUUACGGCAGACGCGCCAACCUUCUCCACAGCCUCCGCCUCGAAGAAUCUCACCGUAGUAUUUCUGCCCCGUGAAGAGCCCGUUAUCGUAUCGGAACGCGAUCGCUACGACCCAGGAGACAUGUUGAGGGCAAAUUGCAGCCUGCCGCCUUCGAAGCCACCGGUUCACAUCUCAUUCACACUGAACAGCAUGCCGUUGAAGGCGACCACGAGGCAACAGCGGACGAAGGAAGAUGAGGGAAUGCAGUGGAGCGAGAUCAGUCUCACCCUUCAGCCAUUCCAUUACACGAACGGUCGUUUGAAUCUACGUUGCACCGCGGAGAUACCUGGCGUCUACUCAAAACAAAGCGAACUCCAGCUUCUUUCGGGUAUGCGCGAACCCGUGCCUGAAAGAGUAACCUCAGAAAACGGAAGCGGCAUGCACACGAUGACGUUUGUGACAAUACUCUGCCUGGGCACGCUCCAUCUACUUCUGAGAUAGUCACGGCACGCCUGAGACCACGAAAAGGGAGCUCACGGGCGUCGCAUGAUAAAUAGCACACUAGUCAGCGGGAGAAAGGGCUGGAUGAAAAGACGAUGGAGGCAGGGUUUAAGGACCGCGUAUGGA